AUGUUGGAAGAUAUGAUCUUCCCGUUGCAUAGUGUUAUACCCCACAUUGUGGCCAACAGUCAACGAUAUGGUCUAGUGGCCCCGACGUAUCACUGCCGCUUAGCCACUGCCGCCUCAUGUGCGACCACAGCAGCAUGGAAGCUCAUGCGUGGAAUGUUCAAUUUUACGCCUACGUCGGGGGGCUCCCUUGAACGUGACGCCGUUCAAUGUGGUGCUACCGGCUCUGUCCAUGGUGCCCAUGCCUGUGAGCACAAUACCCAUGUAAUUAUUCUCCUACUACUGAUGGUAUCACAAUGGAUACAAUUGAUCGGAGGCUGA